AUGGAUCCAUACGACAGCGACUCUUCUCUCGAAGACGAGGACUUCACCGAGACCGCAACUCUCCUGGGCUACCCCUCAGAAGAACUCAUAGAAGACACAAUCAGUCAUCUCGGAGGCUGGCCUUCAUGGCCCGACGACGCUACCCCACCUCCCGGCGAAUUCGCCAACUGCAAAGUCUGCAAUCGUCCCAUGGCACUCCUCCUCGAAUUGCACGGCGAUCUUCCCGCUGAUUUUCCAGCUGACGAGCGACGGUUGUACAUAUUUGGUUGUUCGAGGAAGGCAUGUGUCCGCAAGCCGGGCAGUGUUAGGGCUCUGCGCGCAACGAAGAAGGUGAAUAUUGAGGAGCAGGAAGAGAACAAGGAGGCGGAGUCCGACGAGAGGAAGGAAGAUGAAGCGCAAGAACCUACCCAGGCUCCUCCCAAGCAAGACUUGGGCGCUAGUCUGUUCGGAGCCGGCGCUCUCACCGGCAACAUCUCUGCGGACGCUAAUCCAUUCUCGUCGCAGGCCGGCGACAGCACCAACCCCUUCGCAACACCCGCCCCCAGCACCGCACCAAAGCCCUCAUCCACGGCAAACAACCUCUCUGAAUCCUUUGCCGAUAAAGUUCGCAUCUCAACCCCCAACCAACUCCCCUCCACCCCGCCAUCAAACUUCAAAUUAACCACACCGCCUGAGGAAUCCGGUCCCCUCACCCCCUGGCCAGACCAAUCCGCCUUCCCCCCUCCAUACCCGAACUACUACCUUGACGCCGACUACGAAACCCUCGACCGCACCCCGCCCCCAAUCCCCGAAAACGUCACCAUCGACAACUCCGAAGAUCCCGCUGCUGCAGGCGGCAAAGAAGCCGAACUGAAAGAUACCUUCGAGUCCGAGCUCGACAAGGCCUUCCUGCGCUUCUCCACCCGUCUCGCGCAUAACCCGGAGCAAGUCCUGCGGUAUGAAUUCCGAGGAGAGCCAUUGCUUUAUUCGUACGUCGAUGAGGUCGGGAAACGUCUUUACCACUCGCACCACCAAAAUCAGGGCCAUGUAAAGACCGCCGGUGGUACCAGCAAGAUCCCCCGCUGCGAAUACUGCGGCACCGAGCGUGUGUUCGAGCUGCAGCUUGUGCCUCAUACGAUUAGUGUCCUGGAAGAUGGGCGGGAGAAGUUGGGGCUUGAUGUUAAGGAGGAUGGGGGGAUGGAAUGGGGGACGAUUAUCCUGGGCGUUUGCGGGAAGGAUUGUGGGCCGAAGGAGGUUGGUGUUACGGGGUGGAGAGAGGAGUGGGCCGGAGUACAGUGGGAGGAAUUGAUGAAAUGA